AUGUCUUCUCCAACAUCUACUCCUGGUCGUAGAAGAGGAAGGAAUACCAACCCGUCCACACCCAGCAGCGAUGGCCUCGCCUCCUCACCAGCGUCUCAGCGGCGACGACUUAAUGACUCAUCGGCGGGCGACCUAAUGCCCAUGCCCACCUCGCCCGCCACGGACCUGCAGAGCCCAGCUGCGUCGCAGGAUGUCUCCCUCUUAUCCGGCCCUAGAGCCUCAGUUCUCUCCAACGACAUUGACAUGAGCUCCCCACUCAUGUAUGGGACACCGCGGAGUAGCAUCCGGGGCACUCCAGCCCGCCAACGUCCUGACCUGGGCUCCGUGAGGAAGGUCCCGCAAGUAGAUCUUCAUUCUGAGGCGCCCAGUGGUGAGGGUGCGGUCAGCGAACCCAAUGCGGGCCAGAGGCUAGUCAUCUGGGGGACUGAUGUCAACGUAGGCACCUGUAAGGAGAAGUUUCAGCGCUUUCUGCAAAGGUUCAUCGACCCUAACUGCAUGGACGAUGAGAACGCUGGCCUGGAUCUCAACGAGCCUCUCUACAUGCAAAAGCUAGAGGAGAUCAGCGUCGUUUGUGAGCCCGUGCUCAACGUCAACUGCAACCAUGUGCAAUCCUUUGAUGCGGAACUAUACAGGCAGCUCAUCAGUUACCCGCAGGAAGUGAUCCCCACCUUCGACAUGGCGGUCAACGAGCUCUUCUUUGAGCGUUUCCCGGACUCCAGUCUGGAAUACCAGAUCCAGGUUCGGCCCUACAGUGCAAUUAAAACUCGCAACAUGAGGAGCCUGAACCCAGAAGACAUCGACCAGCUGAUCACCAUCAACGGCAUGGUAAUCCGCACCUCACAGCUCAUACCAGAGAUGCAGGAGGCCUUCUUCCAGUGCCAGGUGUGCGCCUUCAGCACACGCGUGGAGGUGGAUCGCGGGCGCAUCGCCGAGCCGGCCGUGUGCCGCCACUGCAACACCACCCACAGCCUGGCACUCAUUCACAACCGCUCGACGUUCUCAGACAAGCAGAUGAUCAAAAUUCAGGAGUCGCCCGAAGAUAUGCCGGCGGGCGAGACGCCGCACACCACGGUUGUGUAUGCGCACAACGACCUGGUGGACAAAGUGCAGCCUGGGGAUAGAGUCAAUAUUACUGGCGUCUACCGGGCAGUGCCCAUGCGCGUCAACCCUCUGCAGAGCAACGUCAAGGCUGUCUACAAGACCCACAUUGACGCCAUUCACUUCCGCAAGACUGACGAGAAGCGCCUGCACGGCCUUGAUGACGAGGCGGAGCAGAAGCUCUUCACGGAGGAUCGUGUGCAAAAACUCAAGGAGCUGGCGGCCAAGCCCGACGUGUAUGAGCGGCUUGCUGCUGCCCUGGCGCCCAGCAUCUAUGGGCAUGAGGAUAUCAAAAAGGGGAUUCUUCUGCAGCUCUUCGGCGGCUCUCGCAAGGACUUCAGCCAGACGGGCCGUGGCAACUUCCGUGCCGAGGUCAACAUCCUGUUGUGUGGUGACCCAGGCACCAGCAAGUCUCAAUUACUGCAGUAUGUGUACAACCUGGUGCCCCGUGGCCAGUACACAUCCGGGAAAGGCUCCAGCGCGGUGGGCCUCACCGCUUACCUGAUGAAGGACCCGGAGACGCGACAGCUGGUGCUGCAGACCGGGGCCCUGGUGCUGAGCGACAAUGGCAUCUGCUGCAUCGACGAGUUCGACAAGAUGAGCGACAGCACGCGCUCCGUUCUCCAUGAGGUCAUGGAGCAGCAGACUCUCUCCAUCGCCAAGGCGGGAAUCAUUUGCCAACUGAACGCCCGCACCGCUGUGUUGGCUGCCGCCAAUCCGGUGGAAUCACAGUGGAACCCCAAGAAGACCACCAUCGAGAACAUCCAGCUGCCUCACACGCUGCUCUCCCGAUUCGAUCUGAUUUUCCUGAUGCUGGACCCGCAGGAUGAGGCGUACGACCGUCGCUUGGCCCACCACUUGGUGUCGCUGUACUACCAGAGUGAGGAGCAGAUGGAGGAAGAGUUCUUAGACAUGGCUUUGCUCAAGGACUACAUUGCUUACGCACGCGCCUAUAUUGCUCCUCGACUCAGUGAGGAAGCCAGUCAGGCGCUUAUCGAGGCCUACGUGGACAUGAGGAAGAUAGGCAGCGGCAGAGGAAUGGUGUCGGCCUACCCCCGACAGCUGGAGUCUCUAAUCCGUUUGGCCGAGGCCCACGCCAAAGUGCGCUUCUCCGAGAAGGUUGAGACUAUCGACGUGGAGGAGGCCAAGAGGUUGCACAGGGAGGCCCUCAAGCAGUCAGCCACAGACCCCAGGACUGGUUUGGUGGACAUCUCCAUCCUCACCACUGGUAUGAGCGCCACGGCCCGUAAGCGUAAGGAGGAGGUGGCCCAGGCCCUUAAGAAGCUGAUCCAGGCCAAAGGCAAGAUGCCCGCAAUCAAGUACCAGCAGCUGCUCGACGACCUACGGGGGCAAUCGGAAACUGCCAUUACCAAGGAGUUAUUCGACGAGGCACUGCGAGCCCUCGCCGACGAGGAUUACCUGACGGUCACCGGAAAGACUGUGCGGCUCCUCGCCUGA